AUGGAUCCGUUGGUAAUGCAAGACAAAUAUCUUUUCAAUAUAUCGUCAAACUCUACAAACAUAACACACCAAACAUUGCCAACAUUGGAGGCACUGUCCGAUCCGUACCAAUCUAUACUAUCGGUUAUCUAUAUUAUUACUGCUGUCACAGCAUUUAUAGCCAAUAUAAUUGCAUUGAUUAUGCUAUUAGGUCGGAGCCGAAAAUCACAGCAAUUAAAAAAAUAUUUAUCAAACUUAGCGAUUGCCGACCUAUUUGUGGCCCUGUUUUCCAUACCGUUUACAUACGUUGACCUAAUGUAUGGUCAGUGGAUAUUCCCGUUGUGUUUGUGUCCAUUUGUGCACUUUAUUCAGAUCAUUGCCUGCACUGUAUCUAUAUAUACACUCAUUGCCAUUGGUAUCGGCAGGUAA